AUGAGACGCUUGUCCCGAAAGAAAGCUCUGAGUCUGGUGAAGGAGCUGGACGCCUUCCCCAAAGUAUCAGAGAGCUAUGUGGAGACGUCAGCGUCAGGAGGAACAGUGUCACUGAUAGCUUUUAGUGCCAUGGCAAUUCUGGCUGUCUUAGAGUUCUUUGUUUAUCGAGACACUUGGAUGAAAUAUGAAUAUGCUGUUGACAAGGAUUUUUCCAGUAAGUUGAAAAUUAACAUUGACAUCACAGUUGCCAUGAAAUGCCAGCAUGUCGGAGCAGAUAUUCUGGACCUGGCUGAGACCAUGAUCACAUCCAAUGGCCUCCAGUACGAGCCCGUUAUUUUUGAACUGACUCCGCAACAGAGACUGUGGCAAAGGACGUUGCUUCUCAUACAGAGCAGGCUGAGAGAGGAACAUGCUCUUCAGGAAGUCCUUUACAAAACUCUCCUCAAAGGAGCUCCCACUGCCCUGCCUCCACGGGAGGAUACCUCCAUGGAGCCGCUCAGCGCUUGCAGGAUACACGGACACGUCUACGUCAACAAGGUGGCAGGAAACCUGCACAUCACUGUGGGAAAGCCUAUUCACCAUCCUCAGGGCCAUGCCCAUAUUGCAGCUUUUGUGAGCCAUGAGACGUACAACUUCUCCCAUCGAAUAGACCAUUUAUCUUUUGGGGAGGAGAUACCAGGCAUCAUCAAUCCUCUGGACGGCACGGAGAAAAUCACCUAUAACAACAACCAGAUGUUCCAGUACUUCAUCACAGUGGUGCCCACCAGACUGAACACAUACAAGAUAUCUACAGACACACACCAGUUUUCUGUGACUGAGCGAGAACGGGUGAUAAACCACGCAGCGGGCAGUCACGGUGUUUCCGGCAUCUUUGUGAAGUAUGACACCAGCUCUCUGGUGGUGACGGUCAGCGAGCAACAUAUGCCGCUGUGGCAGUUCCUGGUGCGACUGUGUGGCAUAGUCGGGGGUAUUUUCUCUACCACAGGCAUGCUGCACGGACUUGUUGGCUUCUGUUUUGAUGUUAUCUGCUGUCGCUUCAAACUGGGAGUCUAUAGGCCCAGAGAGGUGAGUCUAAAUCUGUUCCAGGAUUUGCAGCUACACAACCAGAUGAACAACAUGAACAAUCACCAGUUCCCUCUGUUGGCUGACAACGUUCCUCAGGAGUAGGAUUCUGCAUCCUGCAUGGUUUAGGGGUGAGGAGGUCACCUGACACACUAAGAAAUAAUGAACGUUCUCAUCUCAGCAGGACAGAUGGUUUCACUUGGACCAGCAGAGUGUAUCCCGUUAUUUAUUGUUGUCCAAUUUGUUUUUUAAUUGCUAACAUUACCAUGUCAUGAAAAUUUGUCAGAAUAUUUUUCUCUUGAAAAAGCUAAAUCUGUCUGUUAAACACUGUGCUGUUAACUUGAAUAACUCUAAAAUUCACAUCAGAUCAUUGCACUCUAGGAAAACGUGUGCCCCCCUGACUGCAGUCAUACAUGUGUCUUUUUAAUGUUGUUUCCAUUUUGUGCUUAGAAAUGUUGUAG